UUGAUCUAAAGUGUCCACAAAGAUUCAUUCAUUUUCUUGCCUUUGCCACAAAAGAACAUUUGCUUAUUUUUUAGUGAAAUGUUUCAUGCACAGAAGACCAAGCAGCACUAUCUCCAUUUUCCAGAUGAGAAAACUGAGCGGGGCUGAUAUGGUACAAGUUACACAGAAGGGCAGUGGUGUGCUGGUUGAGUUGUCUUGGCAGGUCCAGCCUGCUGUGAUGCAGGGGCUGCUCCAGGGUGGGAUGAGAAGAUGUCAUGCCACAAAGCUCAGGUGAGCAGGAGAACUGGAGAUUGGCCAAGGCUACUCAAUCCCUUGGACAACCUGCCUCUGCCUUCUCAAGCCUGGGGCUUUGGGAUUGAACUGGGUGCUGUUCUUUAGCUCAUUCCAACCACCAUGCUUGAAAGAAUCUGUAUGAGAGAAAAGAGUAUAGAAAUGAGACAAGAAAGAGCUAUGGGGUGACCAGGCCAGUUCCGCCAGGAGGCAUGUGCCUGUUUGUAAUGAAAGCUGUGGAACACUGGCACAACAGGGUCAUGGUCUCGGGGUGUUAAUGGGAAAGAGGCAAAGGUUGCAGCUUCCAUUGGCUUCCCAUUCCCUCUUUUUUCAGCUAUCCACCAUCCUACCACCUGACUUCAGACUCUCCACGCUCUCCACAGCAUUUAGACAUCUCAGGCCAACAAACUCAUUGUUUCACACUGAUAACACAUCAGUUCACUCAUUACUGCAGCAAAAAAAGUGCAAUGAGUGUAUGGACAAGUACAAACAUGCCCAGCAAAGUGCAGCUAGGAGCUGGCUGGGAAGUGUGCUCUUCAGAAAGAGUAACAAGAUGUCCCUGGUGCUGUUGAUUUGCACCCUAACAGUGUUCCCCGCCUUCUUUUCCUGCCUUCCCCCAAAAGCGUGCCUCCUCCACGCCACAAAUGUGACUGGCACAUGUGACUCAGGGACGCCACUGAGCGCAGACAACCAGCUGGAGGGUCAGUGUUUUCCCAGAUCCCUGGGCAGCCCGGCAAAGCCAGGCUGCACACUCCACCAGUCGGUGUGGGCAGAAGGUUAUUCUCUCCAGGGCAUUUAGGAUCAAUGCACCGUGCACUGAUGGAUGCUUCCCCUAUUGUUCAGCUGCGUGCCUGGAUUGGCUGAACGGCUGUGGGAAACACCAGCAACCUCGAGACUCACAUAUCUGCUAAACGCUUCGGUGUAUAAAUAGAGGUGGUCAGACACUGCCAGAGCACAGCCUCAUGCUCAGCACAGCAGCCCACGUGGACAGGCUGCGCCCAGGGCUGACAGCACCUGGAAUGGCUCCCAGUAAUGCUCUCAUGAUCCACAUGGAUGAGAAACUGCUGCCAAAAGAGAAGAAUAAACUCAGGAAGCCGGUGGUGGAGAAAAUGCGCCGUGACCGGAUUAACAGCAGCAUUGAGCAGCUGAAGCUGCUCCUGGAGAAGGAGUUCCAGAGACACCAACCCAACUCCAAGCUGGAGAAAGCUGAUGUCCUGGAGGUGGCCGUCUGCUACCUGAAGCAGCAGAGCCAGCUGCAGGAGCCAGCAUUCAUUCACAAGAACCCAGAGCAGGACUUCAACAGUGGGUACCUGCGGUGCUUAAAGGAAGCGAUGCAUUUUCUGUCCUACUAUGAACCCAAGAAGGAAACUCAGGCCCAGCUGAUCAAGCAUUUCUGCAAAGCUCGGAUGGGUGCAGACCUCACGCGCUCUCCUGCCACGCGCAGUGCACCUCGGUCACCCCGUGUGUUUGCCAGAAAGCAGCCUGCCCAGAAAACUGCGGCAGCAAUGCUGUCCCUAUUGUCCCGGGGCGCACAUGGAUUGGCUAUCGACUGUGGGAAACUCAAAGUAGCUUUGGACCCAUACAUUUGUAUGCGGCUCCUGAGUAUAAAUAGAGGAACUCUCCACUGCCUUCCCCACCGGCCAAGCAGCCAGCUUCGUGCUGACAGCAGCUCUCGGAUAAUGGCACCCAGCGCUCUCUCCCUGGAAAUCCUGACACCCAAAGAGAAGAACAGACUCAGGAAACCCAUUGUAGAGAAACUGCGUCGCGACAGGAUUAACAGCAGCAUCGAGCAGCUGAAGGUGCUGCUGGAGAAGGAGUUCCAGAGACACCAGCCCAACUCCAAGCUGGAGAAAGCCGACAUCCUGGAGAUGACUGUCAGCUACCUGAAAUACAGCCGAGCCUCUGCCAAAAGCCUACAGCAGGAUUACUGCGAAGGGUACGCGUGGUGCCUCAAAGAAGCUCUGCAAUUCCUGUCUCUCCAUUCAGCAAACACAGAAACCCAGAUGAAGCUGAUCUGCCAUUUCCAGAGGUCACAAGCAAUGCCCAGGGACACUGGUUCUCCUCCUGCACCCACUUCCACUCACCAGCCCUCUGCAAAACAAGCGCCAGUGAAGCCCUCCUGCAACCUCUGGAGGCCUUGGUAGGCCAAGAGCACGCUCACCAUCACCUGGACACUGGUGCAUAUUCCAGAGGAGACCAUGACUUGCUACAGAAGUCCCCCUACUCCUCUCAUCAGUAGGAAAAGAUGUUUUCCUUCUGCAGAGCAUUACUGCAUGUGGAUGCCUGCUUCCCUUCUUCCAGAAGGACUGAAAUGUUCCCACCAUGUGGAGAGAAAAGUUAUUCUGAAGGAAUGCGGGAUGUAACCCUCCUGCUAGGAGGACCGAGUCGUUCAGAGAGGAACGUCGACUGUUCUUAACCUUAGUAAGGUUGCACGGGUACAUCUGUUGAGAAAGCUGUAACUUCUGAGAUGUUCAGGUUAGCAUUUUCAGGUGUCCGCUCAGGCGCAGCCCCCCCUGCAUCCUGCCCUGCUCGGGACUCCUGCACCACCUGCACCUGAGCCGCAGGCUGCAGCUGGGGCUGGGCUAAGCGGACACAUGUGAAAACCUAGCUGCCAGCAGGUUCUAUGAUAUUUGUAGACUGUACUGAGCAUGCUCCAGAAAUGGUUAAACCAUAACUCAAACUGUGUAGAGGAAAUUCCUCGGGAUGUCUUGCUCGCAAAAUCAGAGUGCUGUUUGUGAGGUUCAGGAUACAUAUGCCUUUUAUAAAGGCAAGAGCUCCUUCUAAUAUCCUUAUAGGAAUGAAAGUUACGGCUGUGUUGUCGAUUUUACAUGAAAUAUUUAUCAGUCUUUUAUGAAAGGCAGUUGUAAAAAUUAUAUUUACUGUUUGGUACCCCUCAUCGGGGAGAAUGUAAAUUCUGUGCUGUCCUUGGAGGAUGUUAUGAUGUUACGUGCGAGCUGCACCAUUGCAUAACUUGUGUCAGAAACCAUCCUGCAUUCAGGGGUUGCACAAACUUUCAUCGAAACAAAAAUAAAUAAAAAUUGAGUUAAGAAAGAA